UUCCUUUUUUUUUUUCGUUCUCACUCUUCGUCAUGAUCAACCUCUUUUCACUCAAGCAGCAAAAGAAGGACGCUGCUGCUGCUGGCGGCAAGAAGACCUCGGCUGCCCAGCUCCGCACUCAGAAAGACAUCAACGACCUCAACUUGCCAUCAACGUGCAAGGUCGACUUCCCAAACCCGGACGACCUCCUCACGUUCAACCUCGCCAUCGCGCCGGACGAAGGCUUUUACAAGGGCGGCCUGUUCCGCUUCACCUUCAAGAUUGGGCCAAACUACCCCCACGAGCCACCGAAAGUACACUGCGAGCAGAAAAUCUACCACCCAAACAUUGAUCUCCAGGGCAAUGUCUGCCUCAACAUUCUGCGCGAGGACUGGAAGCCCGUGCUUAGUAUCAACUCGGUCAUCUAUGGCUUGCAGUUCCUCUUCCUAGAACCCAACCCAGACGAUCCGCUCAACAAGGAGGCCGCCGCCAACUUGCGGGAAAACCGCCGCGGCUUUGAGGCCAACGUUACUCGCUCCCUUCGCGGAGGCAGCGUUGAGAACAAUGUCUUUGAUAACUGCAUGCGAAGUGGCAACAGCUGGUGAGAGCGAGCGUGGCCUGAAACAACAAACAAACCAAAACAAAAAAAAAGGAUGCCCUUGGUGAGCGAACUUCCAGUCCCCCGAUUUCGUUCCGUCAUUCUCUCUGCGCUUGUCUUCUCGGUGAACGUCGCGCAGCGCUUGUAAUCUAGGACGCCUUUAUCAGAUUGUGAAAAAUACAGUCAUUCAUCUCU